GCCUCUCACUCUUGCUCCGCCCCCAGGCUGCCCGCUCUGUCGCCUAAUAGCGUUCUGCCGGCCGCUCAGACUUGGAACGAGCGCGGGACAGAUAACGGAGCAGAGUCAGAACCAUGUCUGGCUGUCAAGCUCAAGGAGACUGUUGCUCGCGGCCGUGUGGCGCGCAGGACAAGGAGCACCCCCGAUUCCUGAUCCCAGAACUUUGCAAACAGUUUUACCAUCUGGGCUGGGUCACCGGCACUGGAGGGGGAAUCAGCUUGAAGCAUGGCAAUGAAAUCUACAUUGCUCCCUCAGGCGUGCAAAAGGAACGCAUUCAGCCAGAAGACAUGUUUGUGUGUGACAUUAAUGAGCAGGACAUAAGCGGGCCUCCAGCAUCUAAGAAGCUGAAAAAAAGCCAGUGCACUCCUCUUUUCAUGAAUGCUUAUACCAUGAGAGGAGCUGGCGCAGUGAUUCAUACCCACUCUAAAGCUGCUGUGAUGGCUACCCUUCUGUUUCCAGGACAGGAGUUUAAAAUUACACAUCAAGAGAUGAUCAAAGGAAUAAGGAAAUGUACCUCAGGAGGCUAUUACAGAUACGAUGAUAUGUUAGUGGUACCUAUUAUUGAGAACACUCCUGAAGAGAAGGAUCUCAAAGAAAGGAUGGCUCAUGCCAUGAACGAGUACCCAGACUCCUGUGCGGUUCUUGUCCGGCGUCAUGGGGUGUACGUGUGGGGAGAAACAUGGGAGAAAGCAAAAACCAUGUGUGAGUGUUAUGACUACCUGUUUGACAUUGCUGUCUCCAUGAAGAAGAUGGGACUCGAUCCAACACAGCUCCCAGUUGGAGAAAAUGGAAUUGUGUAAGCCAAGUGGAUGCCUAAGCAUCUCCAACAAUAAAACAAACUCAAUUAUGCCUUAAAUAAAACUCAGCUGCUUUUAAAUGAGUUGG